UUUUAGACAAUUUUUCUAUUAGGAAAAAAUAUUUCAUAAUAUAGUCAUCCUUUCUAGGGUGAGAGAAGUUUCAGCCGCAUCAAGUUAAGAUAAGCAAAAUAAUAAGGUAAUAUGAAAAGUGUACAAAUAUCAAUUAGUCUAUUAGACUAUUUUAUAACAUACUUGAUACUAUAAAAUUGGUUAUUUAUUUGACGGCAAUCUCUAUGUAAACAAAUUCACUUUGAAGUAAAACAAAACAAAAGUAGUUCCUGUUUCUUUUUUAAGAAGUAAAAUUAAUAUUAUGAAUUUGACAGCUGAUUAUCCAAUAUCUAACUUUAAUAAUGAAAACUAUACAAACUUUUAUGGAAGUAAUAAUUCACAUUGGUAUUAUCCAUUUUAUGAAUAUUCAUUGAAUAAUUCAUCAUCAUCAUCAUCAUCAUCAUUAUUAUUAUCAUCAUCUAACAAUCCAUCAUCAUUAGUAUCUUCAACUGGUGUAUGUUUACCAUUUCAUGUUUACAUUGAUUCAUAUUAUACACAAACGAAUACAAAUGACUAUGAUAUGAAUGGAUUACAAUAUAAUCUAUAUAGUGGUAGUGAUUCAUCAACACGUUCCCUUGAUGAUACAUCAUUGUUAUUACAUCCAUGUCAUAGUAAUAAUGCUAAUAAUGAAUCUAUUUCUAUAGAAUAUGGAAUUGAUUACAAUGUAUUAUUACCAGCUACUAUUAGUAAUAAUCAUUUAAUACCAACAUCUUUAUCUUUAUCAUCCACACCCAUAUCAUUGUCAUCAUCAUCAUCAUCUUCUUCUUCUGAAGCUAGUGACACUGUAACCACUACAGCAAGUACAUCACCGAUUAUAACUAACACUAAAAUCAAUGAUUCUACACCAACAUCAUCAUCGUCAUCGAUGUCCACCUGUUGGUCUGAUACUUCAACUAAUGGAGAAUCAAUAAUUUUGUCAAAUAAUAAUAAUAAUUUAUUUAAUGAAUUUUCAUUAAGUAAUAAUAAUACUGUUAAUACAAAUAUUUAUAAUAUAGAAUAUAAUAAAUUAAAUAUAACAAAUAUACAAAAUAAUGAUAAAUCUUUACCAAAUCUCUCUUUUCAGUUUAAUAAAAAUUAUGAACAAAGAAAAACUUUAUUAAAUCCUAUAGAUAAUUCAUUUGAACAAUUAAAUAAUUGCCUAUUUGAAUAUCAACAAUAUAAUUGUUUUACUAAGCAGGAACAUAAUAAUACUAACAAUACUAGCACUACUACUACUAAUAAUAAUAAUAAUAGUGAUAAUAAUAAUGAUAAUAAUAAUACAUAUCAUCACCAGUCAUCAUCGUCGUCAUCCUCCUCCUCCUCAUCAUCAUCAUUAUGUUCUGAAUUAUUAAAAUCUCCUUUAACUAAUUCAAUAAUUACAUAUUCAUUCCCUAUUAAAUGUUCAUCUUCAAAUGAAUUAAAUGAACAACAAAAUUCUAUUUAUUGUUUGAAUAAUACACAAGAAAUAACAGAUUCAUCUAUUAAAAAACGGAAUCAAUUCGAUAUUAUAAAUAAAAAGUAUCAUUAUCCUCUACAAUGGAAUUAA